AUGGCUGUUGUAGCCGGGCAAGGUCCAGAAAGUGUUCAGAUCACCGUCCGAAAUACAUUUUUGAACGUGGUGGAGGAGGACGAGGACCCUCUCUUCCGCACAUCCUCCGACCCGCUGGGCGGACAGUGCCAGAUCGAGGCGCGGCACAUCGCCAAAGCCAAGCAGUUGGCGAGCUCCAGUCGGUCGCUGUACAGCCACGAUGAGGCCACCGAGACCGAGGCUGAUGACGGCAUCGAGGAGGCGUUGUUGAGGGGCACUGCUGAAGAAGCCCACGAGGAUGUGAUGUAUCGAAGUAACACCUAUGAUCCCUGGGAGUCCAGCCUGAGUUUGCUGCCCAAUGACGAUGUCCCGAGCCCCGUGGCCCGGGACACAGGAGGAGCGGUGAUGAGUACCUCACCAUCCAGCAUGGCUCGCUUUUCCUGCGGUCUGAGCCACCUGGGCGAAGUGAGGAUGACAGCAACUGCUGCACCCUUUGUCCCAGCUGCAGCAAGCCCCGCAACCUGUAGCACGAACUCCUGUGGCAGCAACGGUCCAUGGCCACAGCGUCCAGUUCCACAGGAGAUGAGGUCGAGAAAAGGCUACGGCAAGGGCAAAGGCAAGGACAUCCACUCCAUCCAGGAGCACCGGUGGGCCACAAGGAAAACGGAGGUGGAUUUGGGCCAACAAAUCCUUCUGGAUUUGCGACCCCGGGUGAUUGUCUCCCAGGGGCCUCACUUCGCAGCGCGGCACCGAUUCCAUGCGGAGACCGCCAAGAUGGGAUUGAUGGCACCGGACCUGCGGACCUUCACCAAGGAGCAGUUCCACGGACGGCUCUCUGUCAUUACUGAGGACCGUGUCAAGGUGGAGGGUCUGCACAGGUACUCCGUGCAGUUCUGCAGCGGAGAGCUAAGCAGCGCCGAUGGUGUGGGGUUCAUCUUCUCUGAGAAGCUGCCCUGCCCAAAGAAUAUUCAGAAGAAGCUUGGACAGACGGGGUGCAAAGGCCCACGAGCAGACUGGAAGACUGGAUGCGCAGAGUUUUCCUGA